AUGGCUCCUGGCAUCUCGAAUCUGCCCACCAGGGAACACCCUGCUGAGAAAACAGAAUACCCAGCACCACUGAAGCCUAGUGGCGCUUUGGAUGCAUUCAAGUUCGAGGAGACGACGCCUGUUAUUGGCCGCGAAUAUCCCAGUGUCAACAUCGUCGAUGACCUGCUGAACGCUCCCAACUCGGAUGAGCUGGUGAGAGAUCUUGCCAUCACCAUCUCCCAGCGCGGUGUCGUCUUUUUCCGUGCCCAGGACAACCUCACGGAUGAUCUACAGAAAAAGCUAGUGCAGCGUCUCGGCGAACUGACAGGAAAGCCAUCCAGCUCGACCCUGCAUAUCCACCCAGUGCUGAACAAUACUAGCGAGUUUGGCGUCGCCGAUGCCGAAAUCAGCACUAUUAGCUCACUCGCGCGCAAGAAGAUAUUCAACGUCGAAAGCAAGGCAGACCAGCGCCGCUACGAUUCGGCACAGUGGCACUCGGAUAUCCAAUUCGAGCCCGCCCCGGCCGACUACACUUCGCUACGGUUGACCCAGCUGCCCAGUAGUGGCGGAGAUACACUGUGGGCAUCGGGAUAUGAGAUCUACGACCGCUUCUCGAAGAAAUACCAGGAAUUCUUUGAAGGCCUUACCGCAACUUUUAUUGGCGAUGGUUUCAUCAAGGCCGCCGAGCGCGAUCCCGAGCGUAUCUAUAUCUACACCGAGCCCAGGGGCAGCCCGCUCAACAUCGGCAAGGAGUUGAGUGCCGUCCACCCCGUUGUGCGAACGAACCCGGUGACGGGCUGGAAGAGCAUCUACGCUCUUGGGCCGUUCCCAAAGUAUAUCAACGAGCUCAGCUCGCGCGAGUCUGAGGAGUUGCUGACCAAGUUCCGCACCGUUCUCAUUGAGAACCACGAUCUUCAGGUGCGGCUAAAGUGGAAGAAUCCGAAUGACAUUGCAAUUUGGGACAACCGGAGCGCAUUUCACAGUGCAACCUUUGACUAUGAAGGACUAGGAGAGAGAUUCGGCCAUAGGGCUGUAGGAAUCGGCGAGCAGCCGUAUCUUGAUCGUAACAGCAAGUCGAGAACAGAGGCGUUGGCUGAGUAUAAUAAGUAA